CUGGGCAAGCCUUGUUCAGAGUCAACUCAGCCUUGUCCCAGGAGAGAGGAACUACAGAGCGAAGAGAGUGAACUGAAGGGGGACAGACAGACAGACAGAAACCGAGGCAGCCCUGUGGGACCCCCCCUGUUUGGGAUCACUGACAUCCGACCGUGCCAUUUUGACCAGAUGGAUUAAGCCAGGAGAGCCAGCUUCCCACUAGCUUUCUCUCCCACCCCCCUUCCACCUUUUUCCCUUGGAUUGACCGACUUGCCUGCCUGUUCGUCCGCUUCGUCUUCUGGUUCCCACCUGCCGACUUCCUGCCCUACCCAUUUACCUUUACCUUCACCCCGUCCGCCUCCUCCUUGUGCGCUCCCUCGCUCUCGCUCCUUCCCUCCUCUCCCUCCUUCCUUCCUCAGGCGGCUUGGGGCACUUUUUGCGGGGACGGAGCACUUGCCUCUUUUGUAUGGUUGCACAUGUUUUGAGGAUAUCUUCAAGCUGCCAAUCACGUAAUUACAGGCCUGUGAACAGUGGAACGCUGCUGCUGCUGUUGCCCUCUCCUUUUUGGUUUGGAUUUUUGGUUGGAUUUGGAUUUCUUGACUUUUAGGAAUGGGUAUCACCCUAUGAUUGCGUGAGCGCCCACAGGAAUAGAGCAGGAGCCUUGGGAUCCACGGAGAGAGUGCCAACAACAGACCAUGGUUCCGUGCCAUAGACAGCCUGCUCCUCUGCUCGGGAGACCCUCGGUGCUGCUCCCGCUCUCGCUGCUGCUGCUGCUCAGCUGUGUAACAGGACCGGCCCACGCAGACAGCAUGCCCAGCUUCAUAAAGUCUCCAGAUGACCAGAUAGGCAUAUCUGGCGGGGUGGCGUCGUUCGUGUGCCAGGCCGUGGGCGAGCCCAAGCCUCGCAUCACCUGGAUGAAGAAGGGGAAGAAAGUCAGCUCGCAACGCUUCGAGGUGAUUGAGUUUGACGAUGGCUCGGGGUCGGUGCUGCGUAUCCAGCCGCUGCGGACACACAGAGACGAGGCCAUCUACGAAUGCACAGCCACUAACAGCGUGGGGGAGAUCAACACCAGUGCCAAGCUCACCGUCUUAGAAGAGGACCAGAUUCCUCACGGCUUUCCCACCAUCGACAUGGGCCCCCAGCUGAAGGUGGUGGAGAGGACGCGCACGGCCACCAUGCUCUGCGCCGCCAGUGGGAACCCGGACCCCGAGAUCUCCUGGUUCAAAGACUUCCUGCCCGUAGAUAUCAACGGCAGCAACGGCCGCAUCAAGCAGCUACGCUCAGGAGCGUUGCAGAUAGAGAACAGCGAGGAGUCGGAUCAGGGCAAGUACGAGUGUGUGGCCAUGAACAGCGCCGGGACGCGGUACUCGGCCCCUGCCAAUCUCUAUGUGCGAGUGCGGCGCGUUCCGCCCCGCUUCUCCAUCCCCCCCACCAACCACGAGGUGAUGCCCGGCGGCAGCGUCAACCUCACCUGUGUGGCAGUGGGUGCCCCCAUGCCCUUCGUCAAGUGGACCACAGGCGACGUGGAGCUCACCAAGGAGGACGAGAUGCCUAUCGGCCGCAACGUGCUGGAGCUCACCAACAUCCGCCAGUCGGCCAACUACACCUGCGUAGCCAUGUCCUCCCUCGGCAUGAUCGAAACCACGGCACAGAUCACCGUCAAAGCCCUGCCCAAGUCGCCCUCGGCGCUGAUCGUGACCGAGACCACGGCCACCAGUGUGACCCUAACGUGGGACUCUGGCAACCCGGAGCCCGUCUCCUAUUACGUCAUCCAGUACCGACCCAAGACGUCGGACAAUGGCUUCCAAGAGGUGGACGGCGUAGCAUCCACGCGCUACAGCAUCGGCGGCCUGAGCCCCUACUCGGAGUACGAGUUCCGCGUCAUGGCGGUCAACAACAUCGGGCGCGGGCCGCCCAGCGGCUCGGUGGACACGCGCACCAGCGAGCAGGCGCCCUCCUCGGCCCCGCUGCACGUGCAGGCUCGCAUGCUGAGCUCCAGCACCAUGCUGGUGCAGUGGAAGCCGCCCGAGGAGCCCAACGGACAGAUCAGGGGGUACCGGGUCUACUAUACCGAGGACCUGCAGGCUCCGCUGAGCACGUGGCAGAAGCACAACACGGACUACUCUGAGCUGACCACCAUCUCGGGCCUGACGCCCGACAUCACCUACAGCCUGCGCGUGCUGGGCUUCACCUCCGUCGGGGACGGCCCGCCCUCCGACGUGUUGCAGGUCAAGACCCAGCAAGGAGUGCCAGCCCAGCCUGCGGGUUUUGAAGCAGAGGCGGAGUUGGACACGCGCAUCAUGCUCACCUGGCUGUGGCCAGUGCAAGACCCCAUCAUCAAGUUUGAGCUCACCUACUGGGAGGCUGACUCAGGGAACAAGCAACAUGUAACCUUUGACCCAGCCGGCUCCUAUGCAGUGGAGAACUUGAAGCCAGACACCCUGUACAAGUUCUCCCUAGCUGCCCGCUCCGAGAUGGGCCUGGGAGUCUACACGCAACCCAUAGAGGCUCGCACAGCCCAAUCCACUCCCUCGGCCCCGCCGCAGGAGGUGCACCUGCUCAGUCUGUCCUCCACCAGCAUCCAGGUGAGUUGGACGGCUCCGCCUGCCGCCAGCCGGCACGGCAACAUCGUGCGCUACUCGCUGGCGUACCAGGCGUCUAGCGGCGAGGACACGGAGCGCCACGAGGUGCCCGACAUCCCCGCCGACGCCACCAGCCACACGCUGGCCGCCCUGGAGAAGUGGACCGAGUAUCAGGUGUGGGUGAGGGCCCACACAGACGUGGGGCCCGGCCCGGAGAGCCCAGCGGCGCGCAUCAAAACCAAAGAGGAUGUGCCGGGCGCUCCGCCGCGGAGGGUGGAGGCGGAGGCGGUGAACUCCACGGCGCUGAAGGUGACCUGGAAGCCCCCGCUGGCCUCCAAGCAGCACGGCCAGAUCCGCGGCUACCAGGUGGUGUACUCGCGGUUGGAGAACGGCGAGCCGCGCGGACAGCCUGUCAUCCUGGACGUGGCCCUGCCGGAGGCACAGUGGGCCGAUGAAGAAUCCACGGACUAUGAGGCCUACAUAACAGGUCUGCAGGCGGAGACCACCUACUCUGUGACCGUGGCGGCGUACACCACCAAAGGAGACGGAGCGCGGAGCAAGGCCAAAGUGGUCGUGACGCCGGGCGCAGUGCCAGGGAAACCUACCAUGCUGAUCAGCACCACCAUCGGCAACACGGCCCUGAUCCAGUGGCAGCCGCCCAAGGAGAUGGUGGGCGAGCUGAUGGGCUACCGGCUGCAGUACAAGCGCGAGGAGGAGCGCGACUUUGUCUCGCGCGACUUCAAGAAGACGGACGACCACUACACCGUCACGGGCCUGCACAAGGGCGCCACCUACCUGUUCCGGCUGAGCGCGCGCAACCGCGCCGGCCUGGGCGAGGAGUACACCAAGGAGAUCAGCACGCCCGAGGACGUGCCGGCCAGCUACCCGCAGAACCUGAGCGUGGUGGGCCUGACGGCCACCGCCACCACCCUCACCUGGGAGCCGCCGCCGCUGGCCGAGCGCAACGGCCGCGUGGUGCAGUACGUGGUGGUGUACCGCGACAUCAACCGCCAGCAGAACCAGACCAACAGCACGGCUAACACCACGCUCACCAUCCACGGCCUGCAGCCGGACACCACCUACGACAUCCGCGUCAGGGCCUUCACCAGCAAAGGGGGAGGGCCCCUCAGCCCCAGCAUCCAGAGCAGGACCAUGUCCGAGGGCGGCAUAGCCGGAUUCACCAAAAACUUUGGCGUGAAGGCGGUCAUGAAGAGCUCCGUGCUGCUGACAUGGGAAGUCCCUGAAAACUUCAACUCUCCAGCGCACCCAUUCAAGAUCCUGUACAACCAGCACAGCGUGGAGGUGCCGGGCAACGAGCGGCGGAAGCUGAUCACGCGUCUGCAGCCGGACACGGAGUACUCCUUCGUGCUGAUGAGCCGCGGCAGCAGCGCCGGGGGCCUGCAGCAGCAGGUGUCCAUCCGCACGGCGCCCGACCUGCUCAAGACCAAGCCCCUGCACACCGCCUCCAGCCCCGAGGAGGGCGGCAAGCUCAAGGUCAAGCUGCCCAAGCUUCAGAGCAGCAACGUCAAGUGGUACUGCGUCGUGGUUUUUCCCGUCACCCCUCAAACGCAGAGUUGGCAGAGCCCGGAAGAUAUGGACUUGGAUGAGCUUCUGGAGAUAUGCGGUGCGGACGGCGGUGGCGUGCGUCGGAGGCGUCGGCGCUACACGGAAGUUCCCCCGCGGCCCUACAUUGCCGCCAAGCUGCUGAGCCUGCCCGAGGAGAUCACCCUGGGUGACGAGAAGCGCUACAACGGCUUCCUCAACAAGGCCCUGCCCAACCAGCAGACCUACCGAUGCUUCGUGGUGGCCGCGCUCAAGAACAGCGACUCCAAGACGUUUGUGGCGAGCCCCUUCUCCGACCCGCUGAAGGUGAACGCGUCUCCGUCGGUGUCUAAGAGCAUCGAGGACCCAGAGAUGCUGUGGGUCAUGGGGCCUGUACUGGCUGUGGUCCUCAUUAUCAUCAUCGUCAUCGCCAUCCUGCUGUUCAAGAGGAAGCGAACCUCUCCCUCAGCCAAAGACGAGCACUCUGCUGGGGUGAAGGACUGUCUGCUGGCCCACUCCUCAGACCCCGUGGAGCUGAGGAGACUCAACUACCAGACACAAGGAAUGAGGGAGCACCCGCCCAUCGCCAUCUGCGACCUGGCCGACCACAUCGAGAGACUCAAGGCCAAUGACAGCCUGCGCUUCUCCCAGGAGUACGAGUCAAUCGAUCCUGGGCAGCAGUUCACCUGGGAACACUCCAACCUGGAGGUCAACAAACCAAAGAACCGCUAUGCAAAUGUCAUCGCCUACGACCACUCACGAGUCAUUCUCACGCCAGUGGACGGCGUGCCAGGGAGCGACUACAUCAAUGCCAACUACAUCGAUGGGUACCGCAAGCAGAAUGCCUACAUUGCCACCCAGGGGCCCCUGCCGGAGACGCUAACAGACUUCUGGAGACUGGUGUGGGAGCAGAGGACCAACACCAUAGUCAUGAUGACACGCCUCGAGGAGAAGUCACGGGUGAAGUGUGACCAGUACUGGCCCAGCAGAGGGACGGAGACGUACGGCAUGAUCCAGGUCACCAUGCUGGACACGCUGGAGCUGGCCACAUACAGUGUGCGCACCUUCGCCCUCUACAAGAACGGCUCGAGUGAGAAGCGCGAGGUUCGGCAGUUCCAGUUCAUGGCGUGGCCGGACCAUGGCGUGCCCGAGUACCCCACCCCCAUCCUGGCCUUCCUGCGCCGCGUCAAGGCCUGCAACCCUCCAGACGCUGGGCCCAUGGUGGUCCACUGCAGCGCGGGCGUGGGUCGCACGGGCUGCUUCAUUGUGAUCGAGGCCAUGCUGGAGCGCAUGAAGCACGAGAAGUCGGUGGACAUCUACGGCCACGUGACGUGCAUGCGCUCGCAGCGCAACUACAUGGUGCAGACGGAGGACCAGUACAUCUUCAUCCACGAGGCGCUGCUGGAGGCGGCCACCUGCGGACAGACCGAGGUGCCCGCCCGCAACCUCUACGCCCACAUCCAGAAGCUCACGCAGGUGCCACCCGGAGACACAGUCACCGCCAUGGAGCUGGAGUUCAAGAAGCUGGCCAACUCCAAAGCACAUACCUCAAGAUUCAUCAGUGCCAACCUGCCGUGCAACAAGUUCAAGAACCGGCUGGUGAACAUCAUGCCCUUCGAGUCCACGCGCGUCUGCCUGCAGCCAAUCCGCGGGGUGGAAGGCUCCGACUACAUCAACGGCAGCUUCAUCGACGGAUACAGGCAGCAGAAGGCCUACAUUGCGACGCAGGGCCCCCUGGCCGAGACUACCGAGGACUUCUGGAGGAUGCUGUGGGAACACAACUCCACCAUCGUGGUCAUGCUCACCAAGCUGAGGGAGAUGGGCCGCGAGAAGUGCCAUCAGUACUGGCCGGCUGAGCGCUCGGCGCGCUACCAGUACUUCGUGGUGGACCCCAUGGCUGAGUACAACAUGCCCCAGUACAUCCUCCGAGAAUUCAAGGUCACCGACGCCAGGGAUGGUCAAUCAAGGACGAUCCGCCAGUUCCAGUUCACUGAUUGGCCAGAGCAGGGUGUGCCAAAGACCGGCGAGGGCUUCAUUGACUUCAUUGGCCAGGUGCACAAAACCAAGGAGCAGUUUGGCCAGGACGGACCAAUCACUGUACACUGCAGUGCCGGCGUGGGGCGGACAGGUGUGUUCAUCACCUUGAGCAUCGUGCUGGAGCGAAUGAGGUACGAGGGAGUGGUGGACCUCUUCCAGACCGUCAAGACACUGCGCACCCAGAGACCCGCCAUGGUGCAGACAGAGGACCAGUAUCAGCUAUGUUACCGGGCCGCUCUGGAGUACCUGGGCAGUUUUGACCACUAUGCAACGUAACCGCCUCCACCCUUCUCACAGCAGCACCGGCGGACGCCCCACCCCCCUACCCCAACGACCCCCCUACUACUCCUCUGGCUGGGCUUCGGAUCACAGAGAUGCGACACCGACACCCGCCCCAACCGCUUGUGUUCUGGAAGCUUCUACUGGAGAGGGUGGUGGAGGUGGAAGGAGCUGGAGCCAUGGGGAGGUGUUGGGGUCGGGGUUGGGGUUGGGUUGAGGGGAUUGAUCGAGGAGCACAGGUGAUGGUUGGCGAGGGGAGGAGGAGGAGGAGGAAAAUGGUGGAGGCAGACGACACUGGAUGGCCCCCCUCUCUCUUUUCUUCUUUUUUUCUGGAGCAAACACCCAAGGAACUGGCACAAGAAACUUUCUUUAUCCCGACCUCCUCCCCUCUCCUCCUGCCCUGCCCUGCCUCUUCCCGCCCUACCCUUCCUGAAUCACAACAGACCGAUGAUAAAGUAAAGCUCCCUUACAAAUGACGAAGCCUAACCAGACAAAAAAGCGACCAUUCAAAAGUCUCCAAAUGCACAAUGGCUCCCCCCUCCCUCCCCUGUUCCAUGCAUUCUGCUGAUCAUCAGUUUAAUUUUUUGUUUUUAUGUUGUUCAAUAAUCCUCGCCAUCACCAUUGCCAUUACUAUCUUUUAUUAUUACUUAUCAUUACAUUGUUAUAAUUAUUAUUAUUAUUAGAUUUUAUCAUUGUUACUUUUAAUCAUCUACACUGGUUGUUGUAUGUAAUGUCUAAGGGGUCUACUUUUUUCCAUGGUUAUUCAUAUUUGACUUUUAUUUUGUAUGUUUUCAUUUACGUUUUUAAUUUUUAUAUAGUCAUAGCACGGAGGGCAUGUGUUUUGGAUAUGCCCCAGCAUUACUAAUAUUAAAAAAAAAUACAAACACAUACUCAGUGCUGCUACUGAUGAUCAUCAUCGCUAUUAUUAUUAUUAUUAUUAUUACGGUCAUUGUUCUAUUGUUAUUCUCAUCAUCACCUUAACAAUUAUCCACUCCUCUCAUGCAUUCGUCUGGGAAUGGGGAACAACCUUUUUAUAAGCCUUUUCAUCUCCUGAUACUUUAUAGAAUGAUUAUCUAUAUUAAAAAGAAAAAAAGAGAUCAAAAACGCAUACACAGAGUUAGCGGACUUACAUAAACAUAUUGUUAAAAAAAGAAAGAAGAAAAAAAACAACCUAAAUAGACUAAUGAAUCUUGAGGAUGGCGUCAUGUACAGAUUCGGACGUCGCGCUCAAUAGCUGUAAACUGUGACUUUUUUUCUCUCUCUUUCUCUAUCUCUGCGAGCGUGUUGCUCGAAAGACCUCAUCUCUCACACUCAACGACGACAGUUUUUCCGAGACGCCAUGUACCAAACACAAACACACUAUCAUACAUACACGCAUACACACACACACACACACACACACACACACACACACACACACACACACACACACACACACACACACACACACACACACACACACACACACACACACCACAGAGUGUGGGGGUAAAAAGGUUGACCAAAAUGCAGAGGAUCCAGAGAGAAGUCCUAUUCCCCUGGGUUCUAACCCCACCAGAGACGAGGGACACAGACUCAUGUAUAGCGCUUAACGUCCUCCUAGAGCUUUGUAAAGAGUGUUUUAUCUGGCCAAAAACAGUAUCUCAACUCUUCUCAAAUGAUGGCUCGUACGAGUGGAUCCUUUAUUUUUUAUUUUUUUAAAUGCCUCCUCUCCUCUCCCCUCCAAUCAAAUCAAUGAACUAGCCCAGAUAUAUACAUUGAUCCUAGUGGUGGUGGUAGAGGACAUGAGCAUCAUGCCUAUGAAGCUGGUCCUCCUUGACCUCUCAUCAAUGGGCAUAGCUGGUCCCGAACCCCCCCGUCUCCCGUCUCCCCCCUCCCCCUUUGACGCUGCCGAUCUCUCAUCUAGCCCAGGCUGAGGAUGAGACUGGCUACAGUGUACUCCUACAGCCACUACAGAAGCACACAGCACUAGAGUGGAUAAUAUAAAGGAACCAACCAACGAACCAAGGCCACAUUCUCAGAAUCGAACACAACAUCGCAUUUCUUGGCCAGGCCAGAAGAGACCAUCUGCGAAUAAAAAGAAAGAAAGAAAAGCAUUAUAAAAUCAGAUCGAGAAAAACAAAAAAAAAGAAUCGUGCUUGAUUUGUACACGGGUGAAAAAUCCCGGGGGCCAAGAAUGAAAUCAUUUCACUUUGUGUUUGGCAUUGUGCUGUAGGGGUCCACUCUGUUGUACAUGCAGUCUGUUUUCUAUUUGUCAAUAUGACGACAACCACAACAACAAAAAAUCGGUGAGAAAAAAUGUUGCAAAUACCUUGAUGUUAAUAAAGUUGAAUAAAUGGGUUUUGUACAAA